AUGCGUGUCCUCUGCCUCCAUGGAAUGGGAACAAGCAGCAAGAUCUUUCAGGUUCAGACUGCCGCGAUACGCAGUGCUUUGUCCAAGAGCUUCUCUGCGACGUUCGAUUUUGUGGAGGGGGCCCUAGAAUGGCCAGCUGCUCCAGGUAUCAAUCUCCUCGCCGGACCCAAUGCUGAGUACUUCGCAUACUACGAUACCGAUAAGUACGACACCAUAAUUCAAGCGGUGGAUGAUCUCGAGGAAUAUGUGAAGUCUGAAGGCCCAUUCGACGGAGUGUUGGCAUUCUCUCAAGGCGCGGCUCUUGCUGCCAUGCUGAUUGCGAGGGAUACAUUCCCCGCCCCGUUCGCGUUCGCAGUCUUCAUUUGUGGUGGUCCUCCUUUCUCGGAGAAGGAGAUUAAGGAGACGAACACUCUUAGAUACUGUGAGAAUGAUAUCGACAAAGCAGGCAAACUGUAA